CAAAGUCGUUGAAGCACAAUGCGUCAACGCCGAGUCAGCCCUUCUGAAAACUUUAAGAGAGAGACUCCUAAGGAGCCCAAAAACGAGCUGAGUUUUUUAAUUCCUAGUAUUCAUCUGUGCCUCAGAACUCGAUGUUUCGAUAGGUUUUUGAUCCGACUUGAUAGGAGUACGAACUUUUUAGAAAGCUACUCGACGAAUCUUUUGAAAAACAACUUGAAAAGCCAAGGAUCCUUCAGUCGUUCUUCAGAAAAAUUUUUUGAAUCUGGAAGUAGCUGUAACCGGAGAAUUGGAAGGAGAGGUGGAUCAGUUGUUCUUGUAUGGUACAGGCAAAGUCUGAACAAUGCCCAAGCUUUAAAGGAUGCGAAGACAAGGUUUCCUUUGUCAAAGGUUUUCCUGAUAGUUUUUGGAGAUCAUAAAAAAUUUAUUUUGAGUGGAAUCUCAAAGAGCAUGCUGAAGGAUACAAUUUUCUUCACCAGCAGUGGUUGUUCCUUUCUCGAUGUCCCCUUUGCAGCACAUACUCUCCGUGCUAGGCACGUAUUUGCCGCUGCAUGUUGCGACAUUUUGGAUGUGGAGUUAUACAAAGUCCGUCAUUUAUGUUUUGGCCAUGGAAUCUACCUUCAUGUCUCGACUGGUAGUUAUUCGGCAAGAUCUCUCUUGAUGUGUGUCGCUCUUCUCUUGGACUCUCGGUCAAGGCUGUCAGCCUUUGCGGAUUCUUCAUCCACGAUUUGGGAAAGAAACUUGAGGAGGGGGUCUAUCGUUCCUUAUCAGUUUUCAGAUGAUAUGAUACAAGAAGGAAGAUUUAAAGAUGAUAGACCGAUAUUUGAGAAGUUGAUUGACUGGCUUUCCCGCGUUUAUCUACCAGAUGGAUAUCCAAAUAGUGUUACAAAGGAUUAUUUAAGUUAUUCUAUUUGGAGAGCCAUUCAGAAUCUGGCUGCAUCUGUAAUGGGUGUCUUCGCUACAGAAGCACUAUUAUUUGGUUUAGGUUUAGGUCGAAAGAGCACUCCAGCCACUUCAGCAGCGAUUUCUUGGGUUUUGAAAGAUGGUUUGGGAUAUAUUGGGAAGGUAUUUUAUGGAUCAAUUGCUGGGAAUCAGUUUGAUGUGGACCCAAAAAGUUGGAGACUGGCAGCAGAUGCAGUUGAAGACGCAGGUGGCGUAUUGGAAAUUAUAACUCCUUUGUUCCCAGGUCACUUCCUUCUAUUAGCAAGUGUUGCGAAUGCAAUGAAAGGUGUAGCUGCGAUGACCGGCACUGCAACGAGACAUGCAAUUUAUAAGAGUCUUGCACUUCAUGAGAAUCAGGGAGAUAUUGCCACUAAAGGAGAAAGCCAAGGUGUCACGUGCAAAAUGGUUGGACUCGGUUUGGGUAUAGUUGCGUCUUCCAAGAUGGGUCAAAAUUACUUUGCGCUGCUUAGCGCUUAUGCCUUGGGUUGUUUUGUUCACCUUUUUGCGAACUGGAAGUCUUUGAGUUGUGUCCAAUUCGCGACACUCAAUCGACAGCGUUGCUCACUAGCUCUACAAGAAUUUCUACAAACAGGAAACGUACCCAGUCCGUACGAAGUUAGCCGCCGUGAGAAAGUAGUUGUACCACCUUGGAAAGGAUAUCUUGACAGGAUAGUCGUGGGAGCUAACCUAAAAGAGUGUUUUCAAAAUGGUCGUGAAUUAAGGGAGGCAGUAGCUUUAUAUAGGGACUGCAGGUAUAUACUAACACAAAGAGAUAACAAGAUUCUCAUAGUUCUCCAUGAAAGUUGUCGCCCUCAGGACAUCUUUCAAGCCUUUAUGCAAGCACACAAGCUUCAAGAUGGCAACGACUUGCAUAGCUCUUUGAUUUUCGCAAAAAGACAUAUCAAAGAGUUUCUUCGACUUUGCUCUCUUAAAGACUGGAAUACGCAGUAUCCGCUUAUGGGUUGCAAACCCGUCAGAGUACAUUGGUAGUUAAGAAAAUCUCCAAUGUUAUUAAUAUAGCAUUCUUUUCGCUU